AUGUCCUGCUUUGGAGUAUAUUCUGGGUCAGAAGAGGUCAGCCCUUCUUCACAGAAUGGACACAUCGCCCAAGAUACCAGACUUACGCGCAUCGCUUAUAGUCGUACUACCUCAGCCGCGUUGGCCCGCCCGCGUAAUUUGAUCCUUAACGGCCGCCUCAUUGAGGUCCCGCAGGAACCCAAUCGCGAGCACAUUCCUUACAUCGCGGUCUCUUAUACCUGGGAUCCUGAUCCCGAGCUCGUCAAAUGGGAAGGCCGUCGCGUGACGACCCAGGCGCUCGCCCUCGCCACCCGCCUGACGCGGUACACAUCGUACACCAUCUGGAUCGACGCGAUUUGCAUCCAUCAAGACGACCAGAAGGCAAAAGAGGAAGAGCUCCCGAAGAUGGCGGAUAUCUAUCGAGGUGCAGAGUCUGUGGUGAGUAUCAUAUCCGGCGUCGACGACCGCACGUGCGAGGCCGUCAAACGCGGCGUGGAAAUCAUGGAGACAGAGGCAUACAGAGACCUUGUCGACGUCGGAGACAUCCAUGGGUGCUUCCAGUUUGCGACGGGCGGAGGCAAUCCCGCUUUCGCGGCGAUGUUUCAGCACAGGUGGUGGGAACACGCGUGGACGUUCCAAGAGGCCACGCUCAACCCCCGUACUUUCCUCGUCGGAGACGCAGGACAUAUAGUGCCUAUGGACGAUAUACUGAAGAUAGUUCCUGCCAUUCGCUUGAAGGCCGCCUCGGUUUCUGGGCCGGAUGGCCUAACACUCACGUUUGGUCGCCCGUCAUCCUUCUGGGACUCCGUGUCAGCGAUGACCGCUGCAACUACAAGAGCGUUGACGCUUGGGGAGGCAAUCGGUUGCGUCUGGCGUCGCAAUGCCUCGUGCCAUCGUACGACAGGCCAUUCAACCUCGUCGUCCGAGACCUCUUCGAAGCUGCCGUUGCAAUCGGAGACCAUCAGGAAAAACCGCGUUCGCUAA